CGUCAGGAUUAUUUAUAUCACUUUCAAUGGAUUUACUAGUACCUCAGAUCUCUAUUUUCAUUUAUUUAUUUAUAUAUAUAUAUAUUUCGGGGCUUUUUUACAUCCCAAGAUAUCAUUGAGCUGGGGCGAUGUUCCUUUCUAACCAAACCUUGGCUGUGCUCUUGACUUCCAUUCACUCGUCGAUCUCUUCCACCCACUCUUUUUCUUGUUUCACCUGCUUUGGAUUUCGACUUACAAUUUUUCCCCCUCGAUUCUUUGUUCCCAUCAACAUCUCAUUCUCGAUACUGCUCUUUGCCAUCGCAAAUUCACUAUUCUAUCUCUUUUGCCCCCAUCACGCGACACAGCGAGCCCUCAUCCGUCUCGUCAGGGAGGGCACCCGGCCCAGAAAACCUCUCGACGACUCCUGUCGUCUUUAAUUAUUUCGAAUCAAAAUGCCCAGCAAUUCUUUUGAGAAGUCGGGUAAGACUCUCAUUGCCAAACAUAAUUCCAGCAGUUAACCAACAUAAAGAAGAAUCC